ACAACACAAGCAUUGCGGCCAACGCCCAGCACAGCUCAGCAGUGACCUGUCAUCCGCCCCCAGAGAAGUCGAAGGUUCUUCUGAGAGCAGGUGAGUGUUGUCUGAAGUAGAAGCUCAGCGUUGGCGGGGAAGAGACCCACUUCUAGCAAAGAAGGUGGGGGGAGUGGCUUCCUGCCUGGGACUCUCGGGCCCCAUCUGGGUCAGGAAGCAUCUUGUCAGAGAGGGACAGCAGGGUGCCUGGCCGUGGCACCCCUGGCACCGGGGAGCACGGAUGGUCUCGCCAGGGCAGGACUGUGACCAGGGACGGGACAGACUGCAAGGAGCCACUCUCCGGUCGCCGAGACGAAGGUCUGCAUUGAAGGGCCCUGUGUGGCAGUGCGGGGGCCCCUCUCAGGUGCCUGGCCUCUCCGACGGCUGCACAGAUGGUUGUGACGCAACAUGGGAAUUGCGGGGACUGGGCAUUAAAUGGUCCCAGGAAAGGGCUCCUGGAUGACUUUGGGGACUCGGGAGGACUCACGGGAGGAAGGGGAAGCCCCAAGAACUGUUGGUGAGUCCUCAGGUGCGGGUCCCACGGCAGGUCCCAGGCCGCUGGCCUCGUCGCUUUACGGAGGAGGAGGCGCUGCGGCCCCAGGGGCUGUGACCUGCUGGGAGGUGGCCCCAGCCACUUGCCACGGACACGUGCUCUGUGCACCCUGCCUCGGUGGGCUGGAGUCCAGGGCACAGACACCACGCUCUCUGCUGUGGCUGCCGUCUGCCCCGAGGAGCGAUAGCAGCCUUGCGUCCCAGGCGCCCCCGCGUCCUCUGCCCCCGACCCACAGGAUGUCCAAGCAGGACUUGAGCAUCACAGCAAAACUCGUCAACGGAGGCGUGGCGGGGCUUGUGGGGGUGACCUGUGUGUUCCCCAUCGAUUUGGCUAAGACUCGACUUCAGAACCAGCAUGGGACGGACACGUACAGAGGGAUGACAGAUUGCCUGGUGAAGACGGCGAGGGCCGAGGGCUUCCUGGGAAUGUACCGAGGUGCCGCAGUGAACCUUGCGCUGGUUACCCCGGAGAAGGCCAUCAAGCUGGUGGCCAAUGACUUCCUGCGGCAGCUGCUCCUGGGUGAUGGGAUGCAGCGGAACCUGAAGAUGGAGAUGCUGGCGGGCUGCGGCGCUGGGAUGUGCCAGGUGGUGGUCACCUGUCCCAUGGAAAUGCUGAAGAUCCAGUUGCAGGACGCCGGGCGCCUGGCUGCUGGUGCUCAGGGUUCGGACUCGGCGCACUCCUCCCUGUCCACUCAGAAGCGUCCAUCUGCCACCCUCAUCGCCCGGGAGCUGCUUCGCACCCAAGGCCCAGCUGGUCUCUACAAGGGCCUGGGAGCCACUCUCCUCAGGGACAUCCCCUUCUCUGUCAUCUACUUCCCUCUGUUUGCCAACCUGAACCACCUCGGGGUCAGCCUGCGCACGGGGAAGGCCUCCUUUGUCCACUCCUUCGUGUCGGGCUGCGUGGCCGGCUCCGUGGCUGCUGUCGCUGUGACCCCCCUGGACGUUUUGAAAACACGAAUUCAGACCCUCCAGAGAGGCCUGGGCGAGGACAGCUACAGUGGCAUCAGAGACUGUGCCAGGAAAGUCUGGACACAGGAGGGGCCGUCCGCCUUCCUGAAGGGCGCAGGCUGCCGGGCGCUGGUCAUCGCCCCUCUCUUCGGCAUCGCCCAGGGCGUCUACUUCCUCGGCAUCGGCGAGCGGGUCCUCGGGUGCUUUGAGUAGACACGGCGGGAGGGCCUGGACCAGCGGGAGCGGGUGGCUCCGCGCGGUUUGCUGCCUCAGCCCUGCGAGGAGCCACCCUGCCCGCAGGCACGCCGGCUGCAGCCCUCCUCUCCAGACCGCAGCUGCGCGGUUGUGUUAGCUCCGGGACCUUCACGGGCAGGAAGUACAGACAGGGUUUCCCGUGCUGUCCGCCCCUGUUGUGCAUAAGCCCAGUGCGUGCGAGUCGGUGGGGGGUUUGCUUUUGUUGGCCUGAAUGGAGUAGUGAACGGUGAGUUCCAGCACUCAUUUCGGGGGGCAGGAGAAUCAGGUCAGGGGCACAGUGCGAGCCCUGAGUCGCCCCUAGAGUGAAACCAGGCGAGCCUCUCAGCUCAUGGGGCAGAACCUGAGUGGCAGGGCUGGCGUCCGGCCCCCCAGGACACCUGCCUGGGUCAGAGGGUGCGUUGUGAUCUGGCUAUGAGUGGGAGCGGCGGAUAGUCUGCAGUCAGUCCCCUGCCAUUGUGUCCGACUGGAAACCAAACAGCCUGGAAGUGAGAGGAAGCCACGUUCAGGCCCCUUCCCCACAAACCCUAUAGAUUCUCAUCUCUCCUGACUCUGCCGGAGCCCGUGGAACCAUUUCCUCAAUAAAGACGUCGGCCCUGCAGAGGGCAGAUCGUGGGACCAUC